AUGAACCAGCCAGGUGGUACGCUGGAGGGCAAGACUGCGUUUGUUACUGCGGGCCUGGGAGCGACGGGGCCAGUUGCUUGUCAGGUGUUGAAGAACGUGUACGGCGCAGAGAGAGUCAUAACUACGGUGUCUACCGCAAAGGUGCCGCUGGUACAGCAAUACAUGCCGGGGAUUGUCGACAAAGUCAUCGACUACAAGACUCAAGAUGCAGUCAAGGAGAUUGGUAAGGGUGAGGUGGACCUGUUUUUCAAUACCGUUAUGGAUGUCACAGCGAGUAUCCCUCUGACCAACCCUCAAACGGGAGUCGUGAUUUCGAUAUUGAGCAUUCCGCCAUCGUCUACGCUCAAGAACAUGCUGGGGGCAGUCAACGUUCCAUUUUGGCUCUCUUGGGGAUUGGACCUUUUCCAGCUCUGGUAUAAAUGGAAGUUGAUGGGCACAAACAUUAAGAUGGAGUUUCUGUCCGGCGACCCGUCCAAGCGAGAAGAUCUCGAAAAGGCGGGAGAGAUGGUUGCUAGGGGGAAAGCGAAACCCAUUGUGACAGUUGUAUCCUUGGAGAACUUGGACAGAGUGCGCCAAGAGUGUGUAAAGGUUGGGUCUCGGCAUGGAGGGACUGGGAAGCUUGUCAUCAAGAUCAUCUAA